UUAUCUGAGCUAUGAAGUUCGCAAAUGCUCCACUACCGAAUUCAUCUUUUUUAAUCACUUGACAACUGAAAAGGAGAAAAAAAUAACCAAGGAAAUGGUUUGAAUAUAAAUAAGGAAAUUGAAGUUACGCGUUUCCCUUCCGGAGCAUCGCAAGUGUUGAAGAUUGCGCUGCCGUCACAUGGUAUUGCCAUUAGUUGCGUUUUUUUCACUCCUUCAAUCCAUUUCUAAUCGCUUUAAAGGAGGAAAUUGAUUCAUUUUAUUGUGAAUCAAGCGACGGACAUGGAUAUGGAUAUGCAUUUCUUAUCCGGUAUCUAUAACAAGAAGAUUCUGCAAAGUGGACUUUGGCUUGUUUGGAUGUGUGGCUUCUUCUUGGUUGGUGUUUCCUUCUACGGCACCCAAAUGCUGAAAGACCAAAUCAAGAUGAAGAAACCAAGUGGUUCAAGUAUCCCCAGUAUCACUAUCUUUACAGCGCCGAGGCCUUUCGUUGGAUCAAUCGGUGAAAGACAGACUCUUGCUGUUAGAUCAUGGCUUGGAUUGUCGGAACACAUCAUUGUUGUUCUUUUCAGCCAAGACCCUUCUGUUUCCUCCUUUGCUACCUCCAUUGGUCCACGAAUCUCUGUGGAGACCGAAAUCGAUUUCACGUGAGUUUGAUUCACUCAUCGUGUUUCUUCAUCUUAACUCAAGACACCAUUCUCAUGGCAGACUUUUUCUCCACUUUGAGAUACGCUCAUAAGCUGGACCAAGACUGGCUGCUCGUUGCUUCCACCUUCCCCUUUUCGUUACAGUCUGAUGAUGGGAUACAAAAGUUGCAGCCGUUUCUCGUUCAAGAAGCUUUGUGCGGAGAAAAGAUGCUUAUAGCAUGGAACAAUGGAGAUCUGCCUCUUCACAAGGGUGUUCUUCCCCCUUUCUUGUUCGGGAAGGGAGUUCACAACCAUUGGCUGGUCACUGAAGCUUUGAUCUCUGAUUUCAGGCUCGUAAUCGAUGCAACCUUGACUGUGUCGAGUUUCUACCUAAGCGAGCCCGAUCAAGAAAGAAGCUGGGAGCUUGCUGGGAAUUCCCUUCUUGGAAGGAACUAUGGAUCAUUUUCUUUCCGUGAUCCGAAUUAUACUAAUUCAUUCAGAUUAUCUACAUGCGGUGGGAACUAUCUGUUUACAAACACGGAUCACAGCGCUGUGUAUUGGCAGGGAUACAGCAGACCACUGAACCUGAGAAACAAGAGCCUCUUUUUAUCUACACAAAAGGAGUUGUUCGAUUGUGUUGAGGCAGUGAAAUCACUCGGAGGUUGCUUCAAACGAGAGGCAUUGAGUGUGACGAAAGCAGUCACACUUCCAAUGUCCAUGGAAUCUCUACUGGCAAUUCAGGCUGAUCAGAACAAGACAAUUCUACUUGGAAUUGCUGGAUCUAGUUACGAAGACAUGCUGAUGAGCUGGGUCUGCAGGCUGCGUUACCUCCAAAUACCAAACUUUUUGGUCUGCGCCCUCGAUGAUGAAGUCUAUGAUUUCUCAGUCCUGCAGGGCGUCCCAGUUAUUAAAUGUGCAUCUCCUCCAACCAACAUCAGCUUUGAUGACUGCCAUUUCGGAUCCGAAUGCUUUCAGAAAGUAACUAAAGUGAAGUCAAGAAUGGUUCUGCAGAUUUUGGAGCUUGGGUAUAAUGUGCUUUUGAGUGAUGUGGAUGUGUAUUGGUUCAAGAAUCCAUUAGAUUAUCUCACUUCUUUCGGCCCGGGCGUUCUUGUCGCACAGUCCGAUGAAUAUAAUGUCACAGGAGCAAUAAACUUGCCUCGGCGCCUUAACUCCGGCUUCUACUAUGCUCAUUCAGACAGCGCGACAAUUGCUGCGCUGGGAAAGGUGGUGCAGCACGCAGCCUACUCCAAUCUAUCCGAACAACCAAGCUUCUACGAUACGUUAUGCGGGGAAGGUGGCUCCUACAGGUUAGGCGAUGACCAGUGCUUGGACCCAGAAACCAACCUACGGGUCCAUUUCUUGGAUCGAGAUCUCUUCCCAAACGGUGCAUACCGGGGUCUAUGGGAGGAGGAGGACACGAAGAAGGCCUGCGAGGAAAGGGGCUGUUUUAUUCUACACAACAACUGGAUAAACGGGAGAAAGAAGAAGCUCGAAAGGCAGGUAUUGUCCGGGCUGUGGGAGUAUGACAUCAACACUAGAAUGUGUUUGCAAAGCUGGUACACGACAAAUCCCAAAAGUUAUUUCUAAGCAUCAUUGGAGCUCAUUCCUAUGUGUGGACAUCGAUAACUUGCUUAGUUCUUGCCGUUGGACUUUUAGGAUAAAGCUAAAAAAGGAAAGAGCUUAGGAAACUAAGAAAAACAUAGGUUUUAGAGCAUUAGAUACCUACCCCCCCCACACCACAGCUUCAUCAAUCUGCUUCUGCUGGUCUGAGAUGCUGGAGGGAUGUUUUCAUGUUUCCAGUCUACCGCAAGCCCAGCCGUGCAAAAUACAUGCAAGAGAAAGCAAGAGGUGAGAGAGGAGACGCCAUCUCAUUCACAGAGCGUGAGCAGGCAAAUGAAGGAUAUCAUGGUGAGGGUAGUUCAUGCUGGCGGUCGAGUAGAAAUGUAUCAUACUCGAAUUCGUGCCUCCGAACUCAUUCGGAAAUACCCAGAUUUCUACAUCACUACUCCUCAGGUCUUCAACCGCCCACAGGAAUCUGUCUUGACAGAAGACGACGUCUUGUUACCUGGCCGGAAAUACUUUCUCAUGAGGCGUACUUCUGUGGAGAAGCUGAAACGUAAACACUCAGCCAGAGGGAGAGCCAGUGAAAUUGAAGAAGCCGGAGAUGUUAGUAUCGAGGAAUCCAUCUCUUCUGCUCAGGACCUCUUCGUUUCCACAGAGCGUCCGCGUCGUGCAGAUUCUGCAUCGAAAAAAUCUGUGAAAGAGAAGAGACCAUUCGUUCCACCAAUCCAGAAGCCGAAGCUAUGGAAGGAAAGUGACUGGGAGCCGAGCCUCGAUUCUAUACAAGAGUUAUCUCCAUGAACACAAACCGUUUAAUCAGAUUUCUCUAUGUUUAUUGGCUUCUUGUGUUUGAUUAUGAACUUUCUUGAUUGAGGAAUAAUACUUGAUUAUCAUGA